CCGACAGCCCAGAUGUGCACAGAGCAGCACAGAUAGCAUUGCUGCCUUUUCCCUCCUCUCUGCAAGCAGAGGAGUUGCUCCCGUGGCAGCAGGCACGGCCCGACCCACGGCACGGUGAGCAGCGGGGCUGGCGCGAGGUUGCGGCACAGCCCUGGCGCAACCAUGGGGCAGAAGUGCAUGGAGAAGGUGUCCUCUUUCCUCUUCGAGUAUGACACCCCCCGGAUGGUGCUGGUGAGGAACAAGAAGGUGGGACUGACCUUCCGGCUGAUCCAGCUCAUCGUCCUGGCGUACAUCAUCGGGUGGGUUUUCCUCUAUGAGAAGGGCUACCAGUCUCAGGACAGCAUCGUCAGCUCAGUCUCGGUGAAGCUGAAAGGCCUGACGCUGACCAACGAGAGCGUCAUGGGCCCCCACAUCUGGGACGUGGUGGAUUAUGUCUUCCCACCCCAGGGGGACAACUCGUUUGUGGUGAUGACCAACUUCAUUGUCACGCCUGGACAGAAACAAGGAACCUGCCCAGAGCUGCCGGACGCCGGGCUCUGCACGAGGGACAGCGACUGCACCAAAGGCAAAUACAGCCGCCAGGGACAAGGGCUCAUGACAGGCAAGUGUGUGCAUUUCAACAGCUCUGUGAAGACCUGUGAGAUCUUUGGCUGGUGCCCUGUUGAAGUCGAUGACCAUGUUCCCAGCCCUGCCCUGUUGUCAGAAGCAGAGAAGUUCACCUUGUUCAUCAAGAACAGCAUCACCUUCCCCAGGUUCAAGGUGUCCAGGCGCAACUUGGUCGAGAGCAUUACCAAACAGUACCUGAAGAAAUGCACCUAUCACAAAGUCACCGAUUCCUUAUGCCCUGUGUUUGAUGUGGGAUACAUAGUGAAGGAAUCGGGUCAGAAUUUUACCUUCCUGGCUGUUAAGGGUGGAGUGGUGGGCAUCACCAUAGACUGGAACUGCGACCUCGACUGGCCCAUCCGGCACUGCAAACCCAUUUACCAGUUCCACGGCCUUUACAAUGAUGACAGUAAUGUUUCGCCAGGCUUCAACUUCAGGUAUGCCAAAUACUACAAGGAAAAUGGGGUGGACAAGAGGACGCUUUACAAGGUGUUUGGGAUCCGGUUUGACAUCCUGGUCAAUGGCAAGGCAGGCAAAUUUGACAUCAUCCCAACCAUGACCACCAUUGGCUCUGGAAUUGGUAUUUUUGGAGUGGCCUCUGUUCUCUGUGACCUGCUCCUGCUGCAUUUUCUCCAAGGACGGGACUAUUACAAGCAGAAGAAAUUCAAAUACGCAGAACAGGAGCCUUCGAAGUCGCAUAAGAAGGAAAAGGAGCUGGGCAACGCACAAUGAGAGGGCAGGCAAGAGCACAGGGCAGCACUGCGUGCAGGAUGUGGGACUGACAUCAUGUCUUCAAUGGCAGCAUCACUUGAAGAGGGGCAGUGGGGGGCAAGACACCAGAAAUCACUGUGCACCUCUCUCUCUUGGCAGAAUCCACAAUGACUAACAGACCUGCACUCUCUUCUUCCUUCUCCUCUCCCAAAACAUGGUCAUCAUCCCCUGUCACCACCCUGCGCCAGCCCCAAGACCAGCAGGAGCAGUGUCCAACACCAGCUCAAGGGAACAUGGCACCCUGCAGCCAGGGCAGGGUCUGGCCGGCCCAGCACCCUGCCUCUGGUGGGACACACUGCAAUGCUGAGGGUGGGUUAAGCUAAGGGACUCUCGGGGCCCUGCACCAGCGCUGCUGCACGCUGCCUCGUGUGCUGGGGCCGUGCCAGGGCAUCCUGCACCUGAAGCCCUUGGGAGAGCAUCACUGCCUCUCCUUCCCCAGCAGCACCCUUGGAGAGCUCCAAAUUGUGGAGAAGGGGAAGGAAGGAGAGCAGGCAAGAACCAUGCCCAGUCCCUCAGCAUGGGAGAAAACCUGAUCAUUUUGUAAGGAUGUAUUUUAUUAAAGAAAAUAAACCUUUAGUUUUUCUACUACA